GCCAUGCCCGCCACAUACAGCAUGGUGGUGAUGGGAAAGGCCGAGGCUGCCUCUUUUCCUCUUUUGUCACUAACUCUAUCACCCAUAACUCUGGGGUUUGGACCCUUUUCUCCAGCCGAACUAAUUUGUUUGCCAUCAGCCCUCUACCCCAUGCCCUGCCACCCAAAAUGACAGGUGGGAGGUAUGGGGCACUGGCAUGGGCAACAACAUCACCUUCCUCUACCACCCCUGUGUCCACCCCUGGCUGAAACUCCAGCUUGCCCUUCUGGCCCAUGUCUGCGUAUCCCACCCCAUACUGAUCCCUCACCUCGGCCUCACUCAGCAUCGGCCUCUUGUACUGGUUGCAUGGGGGGCAUCAUUUGAGAUGGCAAGAGUACAGCCAGCCUGGGUGGCCCACUGGUUGAAGAGGAGGAGGAGAAAGGAAAGAAGGAGAGCUUGGCCUACCCCUUCCAGUGCCCCCUGGCUUCCCUGGGCAGAGCCCACCCUAGGCAAGGAUCACCUGUGUCCAAGAGGGAGCAUACAGGCCCUGGCUACAGCCUUUGCCCUCCGGAGUUGGCGCCCCCCUGGGGAGGGGAUUAAGUCCUGGAGUCCAGAGUACACUCUUGGAGCCAAGAGGAGGGGACUUCGAGCUGCCCUUGGUUCCCUAGCCACAGGCCCUGCCACCAGGGCCCCUCCUCACUCCUUAGGGAUCAGCAAGCCCAUCACAGACAGCCCAGGGGAGGUCGGUGAUACCCCCAUGCUGGCCAUGGCUCGGAGGGGUGGAGAAAGCAAUGACUCCCGACCAGGGCAUGGAAGCCCAGGGGAUUGUGUCUGCCCGGGGCAUCCCUCUCCAGUCCCCCGGGCAGGCCCCUCCCGGCCCGCCCGGGCUCCCACUCCUCGAACAGAGGAAGCGGCGUGGGCAGCCACGGCCUUGACUUUCCUGCUGGUGCUUCUCACGCUGGCCACGCUCUGCACGCGGCUGCAUCGAAACUUCCGUCGGGGGGAGAGUAUCUAUUGGGGGCCAUCGAUAGACAGCCAGGACACAGUGGCGGCCGUGCUGAAACGGAGGCUGCUGUCCGCCGGCCCCCGAAGACCCAAGCGCUCCCGUAGGAGACCCCUCCUCCCGCCCAGCCCCGACCCGGACCAAGGCGGCCUCGGCCCCGACGGCGGGGGCGGUGACAGCGACAGCUCCUCCGACUGAGGCCUGGCCGGCCCUGGCCCGGGAGGAGGGAGGGAGGGAGGGCAAGGGGCGGCCCUGAGCCUGGCUCCUCCCGGCCAGGGGGUCACCAGCCCCGGGGUGGCCCUGCCACGUGGACAGCGCCCAGCUGGGAGCCCCUGCUGGACUGUCGGGGCGGUGCAGGCUCCUCCCUGGGCGUGACCCGCUCCCUCGAUUUCUAAUUAAAUUAUUUUAGUAGAU